GUGAUUGUUAGCAGGCGGAGACGCUUCAUUUCGAGCAGGUGAAGGAAGAGGGGUAUCCGUUCUCCUGACUGCGGUCCGAGAAGGAGCAGCUACACACCUAUUAAUACUGUUAUGUUGCAAGAUGUAAUUGGAAAGACUUUCCGACUUCUGGGGUAUACCAUUCAGUAUGGGUGCAUAGCCCAUUGCGUUUUUGAAUAUCUUGGAGGAAUUGUUGUGUGUUCAGGACCUUCAAUGGAGCCUACAAUUCAAAAUUCUGAUAUUGUAUUUUCAGAGAAUCUUAGCAGCCACUUUUAUCGUAUUCAGAAAGGUGAUAUUGUCAUUGCAAAAAACCCAGCUGACCCCAAAACAAAUAUUUGUAAAAGAGUAAUGGGCCUGGAAGGAGAAAAAGUCUGUACAAGCAAUCCCUCAGAUUUUCUAAAGACCCACAGUUAUGUACCUAAAGGACAUGUUUGGUUAGAAGGUGAUAAUCUCAGGAAUUCUACAGAUUCCAGGUGUUAUGGUCCUGUUCCAUAUGGAUUGAUAAGAGGACGAAUUUGCUUUAAGCUUUGGCCUUUGACUGAUUUUGGAUUUCUGCGUUCAAGUCCCAAUGGUCACAGGAUUUGUAAAGACUAAUUGAUUUAUGUUGUCAUCUCUUUCUUUAACCUUUCAAAAGUGAUUUAUAUUUUUAUAUUCAAUAAAUGAUGUAUCAUGA